AUGGGACUCAUCCGCAAGCUAUCCAACACCUUCAAGAACGUGACCGGUAACGUAAUUGACAGUCUGAAGGACAAGAAAGAAAAAAAGGAGCAGCGAGAGCAAACCGAAAAGCAGGAAAAGAAGCCCAUCUUCGCCUCUUCCACUGUCACCACCAGCACGUACAGCCACGACAACUACGACUCGGACAACGCGUCGGAUGACACUCAUCUCCGUGGUGAAAGUUGCGUUCGAUGUGCCAAUGGCAACCACCGCAAGCCGAGAAAGUUUGUGAAGGAGGCUGAGGAGGCCGCGGCUGCGGCUUCGGCUGCGAGAAUGUCGCGUCGAUCCAACAGUGCCAUCUUCUAG